AUGGAGGGUGUUGGAGUUGCCGCCUCAUUCAUCACCGUAGUUCUCGUCGGCUUACAGUCCAGCAAAUUCAUCUAUGAGAUCGCCAGUGAGAUUUCGGGCGGCCCAACGACAGUUCAGAAACUGACCAAGGCUACCCGAAAUUUGUCGAAACUCCUUGAACAAGUUCGAGGGCUUGCGCAACAGGCAAAUGACUUACUUGGCGAACAUGAUGCCAGAUUCUUCGAAGACUUCAGACCAUUGCUCUGUGAAUGUGUUCGAGAGUUGCAACUUAUUCAGAGAAAACUAGACAAGUUCGACAGAACCCCGGGCCACAAGUUCUGGAACAAUGUGAAAAUGCAUCUGCAUGAAAAAGACUUUGAUAAGAUGUGGAACACUAUCCACCACUACGUGCAGGUAUUAGGGUCGCAUUUAGUCCAUGCUGGAAUAGAUCUAAACCUUCUUAGCACAGAAUAUCUGCAGCUUGUUGGUGACGAGGUUACAGCGGGUUUUGGUGACACAAAGCAGUGUCUUGAUACUCUGCAAAUGGUUUCGAGAAAAGGCACGGACCAGGCCGAUAUGCACCAUCAAGAAAUCAAAUCAGCUUUGUGGCAUGGUUUUGGUACUGCGGAAGCUUCAAUUGGUCAUCAGUCUGCAAAGCUUGACGAUUUACAGUCCAGCUUGGCUCAAAUCAGCAGUGUGACCAAUGAUUCGAUGACCAAGUGGGAUCGAUUAGAGAUGAAUCUCGAGGGAAAAGAUAAAAGAUUACUGCACACUCUUGAUGAGGUAUCCGAUCGCCUCAGAGGUGUAUCCAGUAUGUCUCUGGAACAAUCAUCAACUAUACAACAACUCGCGAGAAUGAUUGAAGGCUUGCAGCUUGACCUACAAGGCAUGCGUCACGAUCUGCAACAAGCGAAGCAUGACACAAGCGCGAACAGCGAUUCUUCAAACCUCGACCCUUCUAAAGAGGAGGCAUUGGACAGUAAUGGCGUCUAUGGAAGUGUCAGCAGACUUUGCAGUCUUGCUGCAGUGAAAGAUCAAGAAUUCUUUUCAGUAGAAGCACAGUCGAUCAUCCAAGACCUGAGCAAGAUUACUGCUUCCGUCCUAGAUGACACAAUAUCGGCUGCAGUUGCUGAAAGUCAUCUGGAAACACUAGACAAGAAGCCAGUCUAUUUCUCUGACAUGCAAGGAGAGAUCAAACGGCGAAAGAACGACACACUUAAGCAGAUCGAAAACAUUUUAAGAGUCUCUCAAAGAUUGUGUAUAGGUAAACAAGAAUGUCCGAAUGUUCAAAAACGUUCUCUACCAAUGGAUCAGCCGGCUGCUCCCAGAAGAAGGCGCUUAUCUAAUAAUGCGACGACCUCCACCGUAGGAAUUGAUGAGAAUCUGUUGCCACGAUUCUCCCCUUCUUCCAUCUUGCAGAGCAAAUCAAUAGACGACACAGCAGAGUAUCAAGGAGCCAUUUUGCGGAGGCGUCAUGGCAGAAAUCACUGCUCGAAAAUGGAUUCAAAACCUGUCUUCAGCCGUCAUUGUGUCUCUACAGCGCCGAUUGAAGCAGGGAAUCAUGUCACAUUAACAAAAGUUGUCCCCUUUGAGCCCCUGUAUACCUUUAAAAGUGGCUGUUUCUCCCUGCAAAUGACUGCUGCGAGAGUUGACGUCCGUUUCAAGAAGCAAUGUGUGCUUGGACGUCACCAUAUUUCUAAUGAUUCCAGUACCGGUGAUCCCACACCAGAAGAGACGUUCUCAGCUGAAAUGGUUCUUACCCCUGCGUCUAGGACCAAUCUAAGAACGAAAAUCAUCUUGGGCGUUUCCCAGCAAUGGACCAACACAAGUAGUAUUCUAUCAACACCUAUCCUCUCAUUCAGAUCAAUAGUGCCAGAAAGUUCAGAGAUAUUUGAUAUUGUCAGAUAUGGGACAGUUUGUGACCUUCAUCAGGCCCUUAGUAGAGGCUCUGCUUCACUGACAGAUUGUGAUCCGGAUGGCAGAUCGUUGCUAAACUACGCCGUGACGGCUUUAAGGCCUAAGAUGGUCCGGUUUCUCACCGAAGCAGGAGCAGAUGUCAACUCGGUUGAGAGAGACUUGUUUGGGGAUUCCUGUCCGGCAUUGCUUUGGUCAAUUUACAAUGAUUUUCAGUCUGGCGCAGAAGAGCUAUACCUGAGAGCAGAAUGUAUUAAGCUUCUCCUAGCACGUGGUGCAGAUCCGUCAAUGAUGUUCGAGGAUCCUGGUCUAAAUCUUUCAGUGUUUCGGCUGGGACUGUGGAGGAGCUCCUUAGCUAUCCUACGAGCCUAUCUAAAUUCAGAGUCCCCUUUCAUCGGCCCCAAUUCGCUCGGGACGGAUAAUUCUGACUCAUUUCCGCUCGGAGAAUUAGCCUAUAUACAUACUCUCAAUUGUGUUGAGGAUUUUGAGACCCCCAAUAAAAUAGCUCUUCUACUUGCACGAGGAGCCGAUGUCAAUCGAAGAGACUCCUUAGGGAACAACUGCCUUCACGCUGUCCUAAAUUAUCCAGACCAUUCCUGGAGGCGCAAAGAAGAUCCCGAGGGCCAGGCCGAAUUAAGAGAUAUUCUCAUGCUCAUGAUCACAGCAGGAGCUGAUGUAUACGCCGUGAACGAUGAUGAGGAGACUGUGUCACGCGUUGCACGUGAUUCUGGCCAUUGCCGAAUAUGGGUAGAAGUUCUUGAGGCCUGUGGAUUCAGUAGUUACAAAGUCACUCGAGGAGAUGAUGCGGAGUAUGGAUGGUCCUCUGCGCUCGACAAUUCAUUUAGCAGACUCCCAGCCAGACCGACUUCUAAACUCUCGUUUGCGGAAUAUCUCGAGCAGCGAGAGGAGAAGCGAAAGGCGUCUGGGCGAGCCACGGAGAUUAUUGAUGAAGAGACUGUUGAAGAAGACUGGGUUGAGGAAAUGAAAAUACAAGAUGGGAUUGGUAUAAGCGAUUCGGACAGCGACGUCGACGGAGAAGACGAGGAGAAAAUGAAGCGGAGUUUGGCCGAGGAUGAAGAUCAUAUCAGUGAGGGGGAAGACAGCGAAGACAUUUGUGAUGAUGAAAUCAAAUGGGACUAA